AUGGCCUCUUCCCAACUCUUCUUCGCCAUCAUUGCCAUUGUCAUUGUUCCAUCGGUUUUAGCAACUGACUUUAUCGUUGGGGACGAUGGUGGCUGGAGGAAUAACUUCGAUUACCAAGCUUGGGCUAACGGGAAGGAGUUUCGCGUUGGCGACAAACUUGUUUUCAAAUAUUCAGAAGGAGUGCACACUGUUCGUAAGGUUAAUGGAACUGGGUUCCAGGAUUGCACUGCACCAGCUAGCGCUGAAGCGCUAACUAGUGGUAACGACGUAGUGACAUUGAUUAGCCCUGGAAGGAAAUGGUACAUUUGUGGUGUGGGCAAGCAUUGUGAGGUAGGAAAACAAAAGCUGGCCAUCACUGUGCUACCAUCGGAGGGAGCCCCAGCAUCUUCUCCAAUCCCCACUUCAGAUGCUUCAUUGAAAUUCCAUGUGUGGACGGUGCCCAUGAUUGCUACUCUUGUCAGGAUGUUGUUUUCCUAAUUAUGGGUUGUCAAUUCACUGUUUUAUUGUUGGUUUCCG